CUAGUCCUCAUCAAGCGCGACGGCACGCGUACCUAGGCCAAGUCUGGCCGGAAAAGGAAGACUUCCUGGACUUCUUCAACCCGUCACCGGAGAAAUCUGGACCAACGAGAUCAAGAUGUUCUGCGACAUUCUUCCGGUGGACGGUCUCUGGAUCGACAAGCACGAACUGUCGAACUCCAUCAAUGAGAGGAAGGUGCCGGCAACCUCUCUGCACGGAGUAUGGUUUUUUGGAGGCCUCUUGCUACCGGAAAACGGCCGUUUGUUCUUAGAGAUCUAGUUUCGUCGAAUGACUACCAUCCCAAGUGUGUUGAACUCGGGGUUGUUUGGGAUUCCGAUGCUCGGAGUGGAGUUUUUUUGCAGAGGACUGUGCCGGAGAUGUGAUUCAGGAAUUUGGCGAAGGAUAAAGACUUCAACAAAGUAAAUGUUGAUGCCAUGAAUUUUCAUUCAAUCUGCCGUUUAAUUUGGGCUCGCCGAAAUUCUGUGAAUCUCAGCACAUCAGCAACUCUAAUGACUGGAGCAUUAAUGCUAAUGCAAAAACAGUAUGAGCAAAACAUCGAUACUAUUUCCAGAUUGGUAGAACGUCUUGAAAAGGCGAAAAAAAGUGCACAACAAGAUAAUCCUACCUCUGAGAUGAAUGAUGGUGGUAAUUUCAGUGAGAUGAAUGAUGGUGAUAAUUUCAUUGAUAUGUCUUCUCAGUUUGAGAACACUCUAGAUGUUGUUACACCGGAGGGACAGCAGGGACAGCCUAUUAUCCAUCAAGAUAUACCUGAAGGUGAUGGUCGUACCACUGAGACGACUGAUGGUGAUAUGGCUUCUUAUUUUGAGGAGAAUCCAGAUACUGUUACAUUGGAGGGACAGGAGGGACAGGAUAUUCCCACUCGAGAUAUAUCAAAAGACGUUAGUCAUGGUGAUGGAUGCUCACAGACACAGUCUGAUGCUGAGAUACCUCACACUGAAGUGAGUUCUAGAAGAGGUGAUCCCGGUCGUAGAGCACCACCUUCUGGAUCGAGGCGACAGAGGCCUCCACAAGGAUCAAAGGAUAAGGGAAUCAUGGAACCUCGCAGAUCAAAGGAUCUGGGGAGACAGAAGACACCGGAGGGACAGCCAGUAAUCCAUCAAGAUAUGCCUGAAGGUGAUGGUCGUACCACUGAGACGACUGAUGGUGAUAUGGCUUCUUAUUUUGAGGAGAAUCCAGAUACUGUUACAUUGGAGGGACAGGAGGGACAGGAGGGACAGGAUAUUCCCACUCGAGAUAUAUCAAAAGACGUUAGUCAUGGUGAUGGAUGCUCACAGACACAGUCUGAUGCUGAGAUACCUCACACUGAAGUGAGUUCUAGAAGAGGUGAUCCCGGUCGUAGAGCACCACCUUCUGGAUCGAGGCGACAGAGGCCUCCACAAGGAUCAAAGGAUAAGGGAAUCAUGGAACCUCGCAGAUCAAAGGAUCUGGGGAGACAGAAGACACCGACAGUUUCAGGUCAAAAUAACAGAGGGACAACGGAAGAGGGUAUACAAGCUGGUAAUCCCUCUGAUACAAAUUCUCCCCCACAAAGGUCACUGGGGGCUUUGGCUAUAGAAGGUAAUGGUGAUGACUCGGGUGCACAAGAUCGUACAACAAGGCCACGGAGGCAUGCGGGUACAGGUGUAGAUGGACAAGGUGAUAAUGGUAAUGGCUCGGGUGCACGAGGUCGUGCAAGGAGGUCACAGAGGCGUGUGGUUAGUAGAGAAGCUUUUAAUCGUGAUGACUUGGUUGCACGACGUCCUGGAUUGAGGUCUAAGAGGCCUGAACCAGGAAUGUAUAAAGAAGUUGAGGCACCUCCUACAAAGAGAGCACGGAAGCAGCCUGCACGUCAACCAACUAAUGUAGUACCUCACACAGCUCACCCUGCACCGCACACUGGCUCUGAAGAACAAGUCCCCCCUAUGGCUCUGACCUCCACGAAUCCUAUGGUCCAGUCACACUCUUCCUCGGCCUCUUCCUCCGGUCAAGCAAGAAACGUAGAGCAGCACUCGUUCAAAGGGCAUGACCUCGUCCUUUUGGAAAUUGAUCGCCGCUCUUCUACCUUCCUGCGGAACCUGACUACGAAUAUUAGUCUAUAUGAAUUCUGUGUUGGACUGAGUAGAGAGGAUGCAGCAGGGGUUUUUUACCUCAUAUGUGAUCUGGCUAAUCGAGGCGACAUAGAAGUAACUCAAAUAGUAGCUUAUGGUGACAUCAUUAUCUGCAAGGCGACAUAGAAGUAACUCAAAUAGUAGCUUAUGGUGACAUCCAAGUGCAGUGGAGCGGAAAGAGUAGAAAAAAAUUAAGUAGAUUGAAGAUUAUCUUUUUGCAGUAACUCAAAUAAAACCAUUUCUAGCAUUUCUUGAUAUUUCGUAUAUGAUUUACUAUUAGUUUAUAA